GUUUACGCGAAAUCCAAUGCAGUGCCGAAGCCCGAGGCAGCAAAUUGUCAGCAUCGCACAAUCACAACUAUUUUUUCGUCCACCGCUCAGCUGCCGGGAUGUAUCUCCGGGGCCGAAAGAAGAGCAUAAAUUGCCAGUGGGGGAUCUUGAUAUCGCCAUCGUUCGUAAUGCAUAAUCGGAGAUAAUAGUUGUCAUCAUCAUCUAUCGUCUCCUCUCCACCCCACGGCCCUCUCCCCCAAAUCAAUCAACUUCUAGUUACACAUUCCCUCCUUACCCUGUUCAAAUCCAAAUCGUGCAUGUUCGGGUUUGGUGUCUGUCGCCGUCGCCUACUGUUUUCUUGUUUACAUCUGCAUAGAUUCGUGCAUUCUAGAAUCCCACCUGGAGUCGUCCAUCCUUCCAUCUUUGACCCUGCCAAAAGUUCACCGCCGUCCACAUCGACCGCCAUGGCACCAGCACACCCGGAUCUGCCGCAGCCAGCGCAUCUGGAUCGCGACUCGGCUCUCGCACGCAAAUUCGGCAGAGAAGUGACCAAUUACUUUGGAGGCUCGCCGUUGAAUAGACUGUCUUUCCUACGUGAAGACUACAACUUUCUCGCCGGGGCAUUCGCGCACUCAUCGACCAAGUUCAUCUUAUUCAAGACGCUGUCACCACUGAUCAAAUCCCCCACCGAGAUCUACUACGCUUCGCACGACGAGAUUGCCAGCCUGAUCCCCCAGAAUCCAUUUUCCAAACCCGAAGCCGAGCAGGUCGCCGAGUUCGACUCGUCGAUAGAUAUUCCGACAGUGGUGUUUCUGGGUGUAGACGAAAAGAUUACAGGAGACAACGCAUUUUCCUACAAGAAUUUCACGGGCGCGCCGCACUUUGCCGUCGACAUCACACCAAAGAAAACAUAUGAAAAGGAAGCCAAUGAACUAGCGGAAAAGCUUUUGGCUGCUGGUCUCAAGUUCAGCGAGGGGAUGAGGGCCAUGAGUUUCCCUGCUGAUGUUGCCGCCGAAUACGCCCAAGGCCGGCACUACCUCGACUGGAACUACCGCAACACAUACUGCGGGACCUGCGGACACAAGACCCUCUCCGUGCACGCGGGCGGCAAACGAGUCUGUCCACCCAGGGAUCGGGCAGAAACCCCCUCCGAACGAGAACCUUGCUCGACGCGCACAACCAUCUCAAACCUCAGUUUUCCCCGGACCGAUCCGACGGUGAUCGUGGCGGUACUCAGUCACGACAGCAAGAGACUGUUGCUGGGCAGGCAGAGACGCUGGCCUCCAAACUGGUACUCGACGCUAGCGGGCUUUAUUGAGCCCGCAGAGAGCGUCGAGGAUGCAGUCAGGCGGGAAGUAUGGGAGGAAAGCGGGGUGGUUUUGUCCCGCGUGAUGAUUCAUUCGACGCAGCCGUGGCCGUACCCUGCUAAUCUGAUGAUUGGUGCUAUUGCCCAGGUGGCUAGUCCUGAGGAUGAGGUUAUAAGGCUCGAAUAUGACCCCGAACUCGAGGUCGCUAAGUGGUUCACCCUCGAGGAGAUCCAGGAGGGGUUGGAGAACGGGACGAGCGGGUUGGGAGAUCCGGCGCCGCCUACUUACAAGGAAGGGAAUCUGAGGUUGCCGCCCCCAACGGCAAUUGCGAAUCAGUUGAUCACGGCGGUUGUGCGCGGCGGGUUUUUGGAGGGUGUUACGCCCCUGGCGACGAAUAAUGCUGCUGAGAAUAAGUUGUAGUGACCAAGUUGGGAUGUGCUGCUGUCUCACUGGGGACAAGGGAUCUGCUGAGGCAGGCAAACCCUGUCCUUGGCUACAGCGGUGCUAACUGUGUGCCGAGAGAUGGCGAGUCUGAUUGCAAUCACUACAGGUAGAGAUACAGAUACAGGUACAGGAUACUCCCUGGUUUGGCGUACGUCUUGUAGAAGCGGAGAUUCAAACUGGAACCUACCACAGGAAAUCCAACUGGGUGUUCAGAUUGUCGGAGGGCAAGACAUGCAAUAUUGAUUUGAGAUAAGCCCAUGGCUGGUAUCACCAUUGAUGAGCAGAAAAACACAUUGUAUUUGACCACGCCAUGAUAGAACGCCAUAAGACUCGAGGCGGCUUUAGCAGUCGUCAAUAGUUCCUGUUCAACCACGGUAAAUGUUGAUAUUGGAAUCCCGCAACUUGACGAG